AAAACAAAAUUUCAAAAUCGCCAUGAAGCUGUUCGGAGGCCUUCAACACGUCGCUUACAACAUGUAUUUGAAAAAAAGGCUAACAAAAUGCUCUUGAAAGCUUCUCAAACCCUUGAACAUUCUACAGGAUUAACAUUAGGAACGAGAAGAGCAUCUCAUUUAGAUACAUCAUAUACUGGAGAAGAAUUUGAUAAUGAACAAGAAAUGGAAAAUUAUUUGGUGUGUGUUAUAGCUUUACACAGAUUGAUGCAAAUUGAACAAAUUUUAAUGAAAGAUAUUAUUGUACCAGCUCACCAACCAAGGGUAUUUGAAUUAAUUGUGAGGGAAGCUAUGGACACUAUCGUUCAGGAUGGUGAGAAUAUAGUAGCAAGAGCAAGAAAAUGCAUAGCAAAACACGAUUUUACUACAGUUCUAGUAAUUUUUCCAAUAUUCAAGCAAUUACGUUCUUUAAAACCAGACUUUGAACGAACCGUGGAGCAGUAUGACUUGAAUGUAAAAGUGAAGUUUGAUCAGAUAUUGCAAAUGUUGCAUAUGACAGGGAGUAAAGCUUUGGAAGAUUUCAUUGAGAGUAUACGUUCUGAUUCAGUUACUCAGUUGCCAACAGAUGGUACUGUACAUGAGAUGACAAGCAAUGUUAUUAGAUUUUUAGAAGAGUUAUUAGAUUAUACGGAUACAAUUGGUAUUGUGCUGGAACAAGACCCAAAUUAUUCAAGACAAUUAAGUAAACUGAAGAGUAGUGAUUCAAAUAAAGCUUUAUUGGGUUUUUACAUAAAAAAAGUAUUGGUACAAUUAAAUCAUACAUUAAUUAGUAAAAGUGAACUAUACAGCGAUUCUGCAUUAAAAGCUCUAUUUCGAUUAAAUAACAAUAAUUAUGUGCUGAAAUCCUUACAAAGAAGCAGUCUGAUGGAAUUAUAUUUAAUUUCUGAACCAAAUUGUGAAGAAUAUUACUAUACGUCAAUUCAAGAACACAAAAAAGCUUAUUCACAAAGCUGGACUAAACUACUAAAUUACAUUGGCUGUGAUGAUCCCUCUAUAAAUUUACAUGGUGACAAGUUAAGAGAUAAAGAACGAGCAAUUUUGAAAGAAAAAUUUGCUGGAUUCAAUAAAGAAAUUGAUGAAAUUGCCAAGGUUCAGCGGGGAUAUUCGAUACCAGAUAUAGAAUUGCGUGAAAGUAUAAAAAGGGACAACAAGGAACUAAUCAUACCAAAAUAUAAUGCUUUUUAUAAUAUGUAUGCAGGUGCCCAAUUUACAAAAAAUCCUGAAAAAUACAUUAAACAUAAACCUGAUGAAGUUGCCGCAAUCAUUGAUAGAUUUUUUGAUGUAGCAGCAUAGAUUUUUAAUUUAAGUUUCUUUAUAUUCUCUUUAAAAAUAACGUAUGUAUAAUAUAUAUAAACUGUCAAUAGUAAAUAUUGCAACAAGGA